AGCAUAAAUUAUAGGAUACAGCCAAUCCAGUGAUUGGUCAAUAUAGAAAGAGAAGCCACAUCGCGCUGCGCCGAGUUAGGAGCAAGGCACUAUUCUCGUUAGCCAUCAUCAAACCUCGAUGACAGGACAAAGCAACUUGCACCUCGAUGCCAAGUUGAUGGCAUCAGUGCAUCCUUACGCGUCCAGUGGGACCCCAAUUCAUAGUGGGGGGGCAACAGUAGCUAAAAAAGAGCCAUUGGCGAAAGGCAUUCCAAUCCCGGUUCCCACAAACCAGCGCCGCCUGUCUAAUUUCUCCGUCAAAACAGCGAACCGAGCGCUAAUGACCGGGUAUCGUGAUGGUGGCGGUAGUAGUUCUAGGCGGAAAUCCAGUUCAUUUUCACAAGGAUUUCAACCACCACCUUUUUAUCCCCACAAAGAUGACUUUGAUGUAAUCGGGACCGUACCAGGAUUUGAGAAACUAGUUGAGGCAGAGGCACAGAAACACGAUAAAGGAAAAGCGAAAGCCGUUCCUAAUGUAACAACAUUGUUCGACGUCGAUGUACAAAAAGAGCCUAAGCAGAACAAAAGAAAAAAGACUGGAAAGGAAAGAAUGGAAGAUGACAAUCCGCCUUCAAAAUUAGCAUCUUCAGGGCCGAGAGGACGCAGAAGAAGCUAGUCUGUUUCAUUAGGGUCGUCAGGCACGGAGGCUUCUACAAUGUGCACGUCACCACCAGCGCCUUCGCCACCGUCGCUGCUUGCAUCCACAAUGACCGUGACCAUACCUACUACAGGAUUAACAGCUCCCAAUCGCCUUAAAAAUAUCAAUGGUUUCCGUACUGGAGCCUCGAUUGUCAGCAAGUCGACCAAACCUGCAACUACGGCCUGGCCACAGAUGCCCGUAUCAUGUGUCCGUGUGUUGCCCUCUGCAGAGUUUACAGCCGGAGGCAUG